CUGAAACAAUAACAGACUGUUAGGAACUAAAAAAGAUCUUUUUGUCUGUUUGUGUGAAAGAGGAGGCUGCUGAUUUUCUCAAAUAUUCUGACUGGGUUUUUGAUAAUGGGUGGAGCAACUACUGCCUUCCACAGUCCUUAUUGGUGAAUUAGAGUUGCAUGAAGCUUUUUAACAAGUUUUUAUCUUGAGACCAAGUAUAAUCUGUGUUGGAAUUGCCACCCUGUGAAUUCCAAGCUCAGGGCAAAAGUAGGGUAAAGGUAGAUACAAAGUAGAAGCUGAAACUAUAGCAAAGAGACAAAUCUGGAGAAGCUGCAGAUAGUUUAAUUUUUAUUUGUUUUUCUGAAGAAGGAAUACCUGCAAGUUUGUUUCUGCGCACAAGAGAUUUUUGGUUUUAAUAAUUUUUCAGGAGGAAAGAAACCUGUAUUUAAGACAUUCAGACUAUCAAACAGAAGGAAAAGAAGCAGCCUGAAACAUAUCUCAUCCAGUUAACAAAAGCAGGAAUUACAUUGUUGGAUGAUGGAAGAAAGAAACCUACCAAAAUAUGGAGAUAAGAAAGCAACACAGCUACAUAUGUGAUUCUGAAUUAAAAAGAAAAAUUGUCAAAAGAUCACUAUGCUCCAGCUUGCAAACCUCUGUAUGUUAUGGUGUGAUAAUAAUUUGGAUGUGCUGGUGAGCCCUACUUAAACUGAAUGUCUUUUUAAUUGAAAACUCAUUAAGAUCUCUUUUCAAAACAACAGAUUGAAGAAUAAUUAAGAAAGUUAUUUCAGGUGACUGCAUGGGGAUAGGAAAUGAGGCAGUGAGAGACCUUUCAGGGAAAUCUGAGCACAGGUGAAGGAAAACGUGGAGUGGAAGUUGGAGUAUCUGAGGAACCAGAGAAGCAACCCAAGGAGAAGAAAGCCACCAGAAAGUAAAGGAGUAUGGCAGUGAUGAAGGAAAUUCUCAGAUCCAGGAAUCUCUUGCUCGUUGUUCUCAUCCCGCUUCUGCUGCUUCCUCUGCCACUUUUAUAUCCCAGCAGCGAAGCUUCAUGUGCCUACGUGCUGAUUGUGACAGCUGUGUUCUGGGUCUCUGAAGCAGUACCUCUUGGUGCAGCAGCCUUAGUUCCUGCUUUCUUAUACCCACUUUUUGGAGUUAUGAAGUCCAGUGAGGUGGCUGCUGAAUAUUUCAAGAACACAACUUUGCUCCUCAUGGGUGUCAUUUGUGUGGCAGCUUCUGUAGAAAAGUGGAACCUCCACAAGCGAAUUGCCCUGCGUAUGGUCAUGAUGGCUGGAGCAAAGCCAGGCAUGUUGCUUCUUUGCUUUAUGUGUUGCACCACGGUGCUCUCCAUGUGGCUUUCCAACACAUCCACCACAGCCAUGGUGAUGCCAAUUGUGGAGGCAGUGCUCCAGGAGCUAGUGAAUGCUGAGGAGGAGCACGAGGUCAUCAGUACUGCAGGCAGCACCAUUACUGAAGAAAACGAGCCAAUAGGUCUCAGCGAAAAGCAUGGCCAACCUUCACUGGAGCUUAUCUUCAUCAAUGAGGAUGCUACUACUACUGACUUCAGCUCCUUGAUGCACUCAAAGAGUAUGAAUGGUGUGCACAUGAUAGCCAACCCUAUUGGAACGAUGAAUUCUAAGAGCAAUGGGCAGCACCUGCCUCAGGCUCAGAUACUGGUCCUGCCUCCUAAAUCCUCGGAACUGGGCCUGAGCACUAAGUAUCGGUACCAGACCAGACAUGACCACAUGGUCUGUAAAUGCCUCUCACUGAGUAUCUCCUAUGCGGCAACCAUCGGAGGACUGACAACCAUCAUAGGGACCUCCACUAGCCUCAUAUUCUUAGAGCACUUCAACAACCACUACCCAAAUGCUGAAGUGGUGAAUUUUGGAACCUGGUUUUUGUUCAGUUUCCCCGUCUCCCUCAUCAUGUUGGUCCUGACUUGGUUCUGGAUGCAUUGGCUGUUCUUGGGUUGCAACUAUCCUGAGAUGGUGACUGGAUUUUUCUUCAUUCUGAUGACCUUGCUUUGGUUUACCCGUGAGCCCGGCUUUGUACCAGGAUGGUCAUCUUUUUUUGAGAAGAAAGGUUACCGGACUGAUGCCACUGUCUCUGUAUUUCUUGGUUUUCUCCUUUUCCUCAUUCCAGCAAAAAAGCCCUGUUUUGGAAAAAGGGAAAAAGGAGAUGGUGAAAAAUCAACAGACAUUAACGCAUUGGAUCCCAUCAUUACCUGGAAGGACUUCCAGAAGACCAUGCCUUGGGAGAUUGUAGUAUUGGUUGGAGGAGGUUAUGCCUUAGCAGCUGGAUGCAAGACCUCUGGCCUCUCUACAUGGAUUGGACGCCAAAUGCUCUCCCUGAGCAGCCUUCCCUACUGGGCUGUAACUCUACUGGCCUGCAUUUUGGUGUCCCUGGUAACAGAGUUUGUUAGUAAUCCAGCAACCAUAACCAUCUUUCUGCCUAUUUUAUGCAGCAUGUCAGAAACCCUGCUUAUUAAUCCUUUAUACACCCUGAUUCCUGUCACCAUGUGUAUCUCAUUUGCGGUGAUGCUACCAGUGGGUAAUCCUCCAAAUGCCAUUGUCUUCAGUUACGGGCACUGCCAGAUUAAAGAUAUGGUGAAAGCUGGCCUGGGAGUAAACCUGAUUGGUCUGGCUGUGGUCAUGGUGGCAAUCAACACUUGGGGAAUUAGACUCUUCCAGCUGAAUACUUUUCCAGAAUGGGCAGCAGUUGGUAACAUCACUCGCCAAACAUAAUCUCCAAUGAAAAAAAAAAAGUGCAAGACCAAAGCAAAUUGGGACAAAAUAUAAACCUACGUUGCACAUAUGAAAGGAGAAAAUUUGUGUAUACAUUGAACCAGGAUCCAUAGCAAAACCAUGAAGAAAAUCCACAGGGAGGACUGCUUAAGCUUUUCACUUCUGAAAAUCAACAUGAGUUAAAAAGCAAGAUUAGCUUUGCUCUAUUGUUGCUUUUUCCUGUGAUACUAUAACUCUGAAAAAAAAAAAAUAUUUCCUCCAAAUUCUCUGCCUAUGGUUCUUUCAUGCUCUAAAACAAUUAUGUAGGACUGGUAAAAUAGAGAAUAUAGGACUCCAAUGACAGAAGACGAGCAUACAUACGCUGGUGUAUUCAGUAGUAGGAUAUUCAGUCCUACCAUUGACUCCUACAACGAACAAAGGGUGAGUCUUAUUCCCAGACCCAGAGUUUUAUAAGCCUACUGCUUUUACAAGCAAAUUAUAAUUCUUUUAGGGUGACUCAUCACUGUGUUGGAAAAAAAAACAUUUUCCCAUCUAACUCAUAUGGCCUGGACAGAAAUACAGCUACCAAUUACCAGCUACAGCACUUCAAAGGGAGAAUAGAAACCACCAAACAGAUAGGAAGGAGAAGUCUCCUGGGAAGGAAAAUGUUUUUUUUUUUCCACAGCACUAGUAUAAAGUUUCCAAUAUUGCAGUACUUGCAGUCUCUACUUUGGAAGGAAGAGAUUCAGAAACAGAUCGACAGUUUUGUUCAAUGCCUUCUUUCAUUAUCAUUGUACUGCAACGGGUGCUUUUUCAGCAGGAGAAGCUGUGACCAGCAAAACCUUACCAAGCCAACAGACCCAGUGCUCUCCUCUCUCUUUGGCUGCUGUUUAGAUAGUUACACAGUUAUGAUUCCCUUGAGAAAAAAAAGUACAAUCUCAUCCAAGACGGCACUUGGCACUGCUCCAUAAGUAAGAAGGGAGAGGGCUGAAGUGGAGUGGUGCUGGUGUAUCUCCUCAUUGUGUACAUUCGCUUAAACAUCACACCCACCUGGUCUCUAGCAGCCCAGAGAACAGGAAAUUCAAAUGUAGGAAACUGUGACAUAGAGCAGGUAACCACCAAACCAAAAGGCUGAUCUCUUCAUCAUCUGCAAAGUGAAUUCCCUGUUUUUCUGACCGGAUCCCUGUGAUACUCAAUAAACCUCUUGUAUUAUGUCCUGUUUUUAAUCAUUUCUUUAAUGUCAAUGCAUUUAAACUGUAUAUUAGGAUGAUUGGAUCUCAUGUAAUCCCACUCUUUAUAUAUAUAUAUACAUUUUAAUGAUUUUUUUAUGCUUUCCACUUAUAAUCUAGGCUCUCUAGAUGUUAGUGUGACUGUCUAUUCUGCAAAAAAAAAAAAAAAGCCAAUAAAAUAAAUUAUUCACUACUGCAUAUUCUGGUGCUCUAUGAGAAUAUAAAUAGGAUCUAUUUCACCUCAUAACCCGCCAAGCCCUUAGACAAGGAGCCUUGAGACAGCAGGAGGUGUUGGUUUACUGCUUCUGUCAAAACAGAGGGAUCCCACAGACUUGCCUCGGAAAUAAACAGAUACAAUAAGAGGUCACAGGUUAGCAGAGGGGGAACAAAAUGGGAAAAAUCACAAGAGCAUGUUUUAGCCCUUGUACCAAAAGCAGGAGGCAGCAUCCUUUAGCAAAACAAUUCAUAUUCAUAGUCAUUCCUGUAAAUUUGGUUUGAAAAACAAAGUGUUUCUGGGGAUCAAUGUAUCCCCAUGCCCUCCUAAUCCAUGAAACAGGACCUCAACCUCACUUUUUCAACUCUUCUCACCUCCCCAGUUCCUGU